GUCAUCCUGUGAGGUCAGUCUUUCGGUGCGCAAGCGCACGUAUUUUGCGGCCGUCCGGAGCCGGGCUGGGAAGAUGGUUCUGAAGUGGGCCUGAAAUCAGGAGAGUGGCAAAUACUGACCCGAUCAGUAAUUGGAAGGAGACAGGCAGUUGCCGACGUAAAUCUGUGUGUGUGAGAAAUUAGGUCCUUGAGGAGGUUUGGCAAGGGGGGGCGGGGAAUAUAUUCCAGAGAGAGAAAAGGAGAAAAAAAAGACCCCGAAAGGCGAAGGGGUGAUUGAGAUGUUGUUGGUGUCGGGGCAACAGCUCCAGGAGGGCCCGGUUUGAGAUUCAUCAUCAUCAUCAUCGUCGUCGUCAGUAAUCAGUCUGCUUCGAAGAUGUGGCUCAAGCUUUUCUUCCUGCUCCUCUACUUCCUCGUCCUCUUCGUGCUGGCUCGCUUUUUCGAAGCCAUCGUGUGGUAUGAGACCGGGGUGUUCGCUACGCAGCUGGUGGAUCCCGUGGCUCUGAGCUUCAAGAAGCUCCGCACCAUUCUGGAGUGCAGGGGAAUUUGCUACGCCGGCCUGCCCGAGAAGAAAGAUGUCCGGGAGCUGGUGCAGAAAUCAGGUGAUUUGAUGGAGGGUGAGCUUUAUUCUGCACUUCGGGAAGAGGAAGCAAUGGAAUCUACCUCCAGCACCAACUUCAGUGGUGAGAUGCACUUCUACGAGCAAGUGGAAGACACUAAAGAUGGCAUAUGGCUGGUCCAAGUCACAGAAUGGUCAUUAAAAAUAAGAAAGGAAAUGAGGGUGAUUGACAGACAAAUUAGAGAUAUUCAAAGAGAAGAGGAAAAAGUAAAGCGAUCUGUGAAAGAUGCUGCAAAGAAAGGCCAAAGGGAUGUGUGCACUAUAUUAGCAAAAGAAAUUGUGCAUUCAAGAAAGGCCGUGGGAAAGCUGUAUGCAUCAAAAGCUCAAAUGAACUCUGUCCUUAUGAGCAUGAAGAACCAGCUAGCUGUAGCAAGAGUCACUGGUUCCUUGGAGAAGAGCACAGAGGUGAUGAAAGCCAUGCAGAGUUUAGUAAAACUCCCUGAAAUUCAAGCCACCAUGAGAGAACUGUCCAAAGAAAUGAUGAAGGCAGGGAUUAUUGAGGAGAUGCUAGAGGAUACUUUUGAAAGCAUGGAGGAUGAGGAAGAAAUGGAAGAAGCAGCAGAGAUGGAAAUUGACAAAAUACUUUUUGAGGUUACUGCAGGUGCUCUUGGGAAAGCUCCCAGCAAAGUCACAGAUGCUCUCCCAGAGGCAGAGCUUGAAGGGGCUACUGCUGCAUCUGAUGAGGGUGAAGCAGAGGAAGAUAUUGAAGAGAUGCAGUCACGGCUGGCUGCCCUUCGGAGUUGAACUUUGUAAAUAACUUGGUUGUACAGUUUCUCCUUUUACAAUUUUACUCCAAUAACAUAACUAAGUUGCACUUAAUGGAUAUCCCUUCUCCUUUCUGGUCAAUGUAAUUUUGUUUCUCCAAAUAGUAAACGUUUCCUUCUUAAUGAAAGGUAAAUGCUGUUAAAUUUGUACAGAUGGAAAGGUUUCCUAAGAAAAACAAAAAUUGCACUUGUGAAUGUUAUUUCUUUGUUAAAUCAGCAUUGUCUCGUCAACAUACUUUGCUCAGCUUUCCAUUCAGUGUAAUGAUUUCAGUACUUUAAUAUUAAUUUCUUACUGUUUCAAGUGUACUUCCCAGGCAUGCAAUUAAGUUUGGGGUCCCUGCUCCUGUAACUUGAAUAAUGAUUGUGAAGGACAUACAGUUGAGGCAUGUUUUUAUCUUAUCCUUUCAUCAUUUGGGAUAGAGACAUUAGCUAUCUGUUUGUUUAUACUUCAGGUUUUUUUACAUGGAUAGAGUACAUAAAGACACUUUGUUCACGUGGCCUUAAUUGUAGCAAUGGAUAGUCCAUAAGCGUUUCAAAAUAAACGCUUUUGAACGAUGGUGCAAAAUUCAAUGAUGGUUGCUUGGGGGAUAUAAAAGUCUGGCAGCUUAUAUAGUCCUUCAUAUAAGUGUUCUGUUACUUAAAGCAAGUUUUCUUAUAAAUCGUGGGCAGCUAAUUUUUAGUGUUGCCACCUUUGGCUUUAUCACAAGUGUGAAGACAUCUAGAGAUUUUGAAUUAUUUUGAGAAUUUUUUGCCAUAGCCUUUAACACUGUUGACUUGAGAAUGUCAAAUAAUCCCAAAUAGUAGUGCAAAUGAUUCCGACAAUCUGAAUUUAAAAACAAUAAGCUAGAUAAGCUCAGCCUCUUUAGGGAGAAAAACAGUUGAUGUUUCAGCUCUGAGACUUUUCAUCACAAAAAUUUGAAUUAGAAGAUGGCUUAUCACCGGUAUAACACUAAAAUCUCAUUGCUGAGCAACACUAUCUAUUUGCAUUUAAAAUGUUUUUGCUUUCUCCACUAGUCGUGGAACCUUUUAAUUUUCUUGUGCAGGCAUACGUUAAAUUAAUGGUGCCAACUUGUGGAACCUUGCAAGUUGUUGCAAGGUUGUGCAGCUUGAAAAGAAUAUUGGUUGUAGAGAGCAUCUUUAUUGAUCUCUCCAUCACAAGACACUGACAAGUGCACUUGUGGCUUGUUCAGCUUGAGGAACGAAAGCAAGUGAAAACCCUGAUGCACUUGGAGCCUUUGAUGUUGGGGCAUCUAAUUUUACAAUCCGUUAAAUACUUGGAGUAGUCACUUAUUACAAUGUAGGAAUUACAGUGGCACUAUACUUGGGCUACAAUACAAUACAGCAACUUUAAGCAGAAUUUGACUAUUUUACUUUGAUAUAUAUUUAUGAAUAGAUUGUGGUUUUUGGAUUUGAUUUAGCAGAUUGUAGAAACACUCCUGAAUGACACAAUACUCAAAACUGAACAGGAAUCUGGGUUCCAGACGUAUGCUGUAUUUGAAGUAAUAAAUUCAGUUGGUUAUUGCUGUCCCUAAUACAUCAUCCUCAAUAGACCCGUGUCACAACCAGCUUUUUUCAUGUUGAAGUAAUACUGAAGCAGGAUUGACUGCAGUGAUACUCGUUUGUUGGGCAUUUAUAAAUUGUUGAGGUGGUCAUACUGGACUUAUAAUAUUGCAAUUUCACACUAACAUCAAAUUAUGCAGUAUCUUGAUCUAUAAACAUUUAAGAAUAGAGGUACAGGAAUAAGGAACAUGCCCAUGAUUUAGUUCAUCACUGCCCAAAAAUAGUUGAGAUUCAUGGGAUCUGUACUUCUUACUGAAACUUUGUAUUGUAAAAAUCACCUCAACCAUCUUAAUAAAUUUUUUAUACAAAUUUUAAA